AUGAUGACUAAUCGAAUUUUACGAGGUCGGUAUUGCAUUGGAGAUUCGAUUGCUGUUUGGUACAAUCCAGCAAAGACUACUGAAUUCGAUCCAAUGAUUGAAAGUUGUUUUCUUGAAAUCUAUGUGUUCCACAAUCAAGAACAAAUGAUCGAAUUUAUCCAUACAAUAGAAACUGAACGGAUCUUUUUAAUUUUAUUCGAUGAUUCUAAUGAAGAUUUAAUAAAAUCUAUUCAUGAUUUAAAACAAAUUGCUGCGAUCUAUAAUCUGAGUAAAACCAAGUUAUCCGACGGAACGGAGAAUUUAUUUAGAAAAUUUCAAGGCAAUUUCGAUUCUAUCGAGGAUCUUUGUCGAUCAAUGCGGAAAUAUAAACGACAAACAGCAAACAGUCAAACAAAAAUGACGAUUUCUAAACUGAACGAUAAUGAAAUUGAACCAGCAUUCAUUUACGCUAAGUUACUAACGGAGAUUCUUUUAAAAUUUGAUUAUACUGACGAUGAUAAAAACAGUUUUGUUGAAUAUGUUAAAUCUCAGUGUCCAAACAGUAGUAGUGUACAGAGUAUUAUACGAAAACUUCAAGAUAAGGAAAAUUAUUCAGCGAUCUCGUGUUAUACAUGUGAAUCUAAUCUUUAUUUAAUGUUGAAUGGCGCAUUACGAAAUCAAGACAUUGAUGUUAUUCAUAAACUUGGUUUUUUCAUUCGUGAUUUACAUGAGCAACUUCGUCAGAUACAAAGUCAGUCAUCUCAAGAACCUCCAAAGGUUCUUUACCGUAGUCAAAGUCUCAGUCCUGCUGAUUUUCAACGAAUUCAAUCAACACAAAAUGGGAUUAUAUCAUUUCAUCAAUUCCUUUCGACGACUCGGGAUGAAAAUUAUGCACGUUUUCUAACGGAAAGUGCAGCCACGAGUGUUGAAUCAGUAGGAAUUCUUUUUCAAAUGAACAUUACUGGGAGUAUUAAUGAUAUACCAUUUGCUUCGAUUGAUGAAAUAAGUAAUUUUGGAUCCGAGGAAGCGGAAGUCCUGUUUUCCAUGAAUACGAUUUUUCGUAUUGGUCAAAUUGAAUAUCUAGGGCCGAAUUUCUAUCGAAUUCAUUUAACUUUAGUUAAUAAUGAAGAUCAAGAAAUACAGCAGCUGAUUCAAUAUCUCCGAGAAGAAAUUACUAUGCAAGAUAAUCAUCUGUGUAGUUUUGGUCAACUAACAUUGCGUAUGCAAGAGUGGCCGAAAGCGAUUGAAAUUUAUGAAAGUAUACUGAAGAAUGCCAUUGAUAAUCAACAGACAGGAAAUAUGGCACAUGCCUACCACCAAUUAGGAUAUAUUGAUUAUCAUUUGAAUAAGUUGGAGACUGCGUUGGAUUAUCUACAGAAGUCACUGACUAUCUACAAGAAAUAUGGGAAAAUGUAUGCAUCUGCCAUGGCUGAUACCUAUUCAAUGAUUGGUCAGGUGCAGUUCGAACAAAAGAAAGAUUUAGAGAAGGCAUUGGAAAAUAUUCAACACGCGUUAGAAAUACGAAGAAAACAGUAUAACACAGAGCCUCAGACACUGGCGAAGAAUUACACUCAAAUCGGUGAAACACUUCUAUAUCUUCAACGUCGCGAUGAUGCUUUAGAUAAUCUAAAAGAGGCUUUGAAAAUCCAAGAUACUUUGCCUAAGUAUCAUAUGGAUUUAGCUUCAACCUACAGCACUAUCAGUCAUGUUCAUCACGAUAGAAAAAAUUAUGAAGAAAGUCUUGAUUACUGUAGAAAGGCGCUUGAUAUCUAUACGCGUUGCCUGCGUCCCAAUCAUCCUAAUUUGGCUGUUGUUCACGACAAUAUGGCCAAUAAUUUAGGUCAUUUACGUAAUUUUAACGAAGCUAUCUCUCAUGCCAACAAAGCCAUUAAUAUCUCUCUCUCGUACCUUCCAGUUGAUCACGAAGAUGUUAUAAAACGACAACAAACUCUUCGUACACUAGAAACUGCACAACAAUAUCAGCAACAGCAGCAGCAAACCACAGCGCAUUCGCAAUAA